AAUAAAAUGGCGGCGUGCAUGCCCGCUUUAGGGACAAGGCAUUUAAUUCGUCUAUUUACUAAAGAGGUUGUUUUACCCCAAAUGAACCUAAGCUAUACAACAUAUUGUAUUAGAAGAGGCUACACAGCGAUCCCACCAACCACUAAAACCACUGGAACACGAACUAAGUCCAACGAUAGCGGCUUCGAUGGACCCCUUGAGCACUACGACAGCCUUGUCCAUGAAGGAGCACUGAACGAAGACAAGCGGCAGAGGGAUGUGGUCAAGCGGCUAGACGAGCUGCGAAAUUCAGUGACAGGAUACUGCAACAGGCUUCUGUCCUUUCGGUCAAGGGGGGCGACCGUUAGUGACUCACAAGGCUCCAAGCCAACAGACGCUGGCCAGAAGUCUGGGGAGACUGAGCAUCAGCUCUUCAUCCGGCACCAGGCUCCUGAAGGCCUGUACAUUCACGGCCAUGUGGGCACGGGGAAAACGAUGGUCAUGGACCUGUUUUACUCGCAUGUGAAGAUUUCCAGGAAAAAGAGGGUCCAUUUUAAUGGCUUCAUGUUAGAUAUACAUAAAAGGAUCCACCGGGUGAGACAGAGCCAGCCGAGGCGGACGUUGGGGAACACGUCCCAGGUCUACGACCCGAUCGCGCCCGUCGCUCUGCAGAUCAGCGAGGAGGCCUGUCUGCUGUGUUUCGACGAGUUUCAGGUCACUGACGUAGCCGACGCCAUGAUCCUGAAGCGGCUGUUCGAAAACCUCUUUCUGAGGGGGGUGGUGGUGGUGGCAACCUCCAACAGACCCCCAGAAGAACUGUAUAAGAACGGACUGCAGAGGACCUCGUUCACCCCCUUCAUCACCCUGCUGAAGGAAUACUGCCAAACCGUUUCCCUGGAUACCGGAAUAGACUAUCGCCAUAGGGACAUGCCAGCAGCUGGAAAGCUUUACUACCUCACAAGCGAGGCUGAUGCACAGGCACACAUGGAAAAGCUGUUUGAUGAGCUGGCGCGGAAACAAAACGCUAUUACUCGACCAAGGAUUCUCCGAGUGCAGGGCAGAAAGCUGCAUUUGAGCAAAACCUGCGGGACCCUAGCCGACUGCGCCUUCGAGGAGCUUUGCGAGCGACCGGUAGGUUCCGCAGACUACCUGGAGAUGGCGCUGCAGUUUGACACCGUCUUCAUUCGAGACGUUCCCCAGCUCACGCUCAAGGAGGUCAACCAGGCCCGGCGGCUGAUCAACCUCAUCGACACGCUCUACGACAACAAGGUGCGCGUGGUCAUUCUGGCUCAAGCCCCGCCCCACAGGCUGUUCCUGCACGCCCAGCAGAGCCAGGAGGACCAGGGCCACAGGCUGCUCAUGGACGACCUGGGGCUGGGCAAGGGCCGCAGGGGACACAAAAUGGAGGCGUUGCCAUGGUGAUUGUGUGUGUGUGUGUCUGUGGGCAGGACGCGUGGAGGCAGUUCUCCCUGUUCACGGCCGAGGAGGAGAUCUUCGCCUUCCGGAGGACCGUGUCCCGCCUGGCGGAGAUGCAGACGGCACAGUACUGGGCGGCGGGGGACAG